AUGGAUCGUAUUGGUCUAUUUUCAGAAAUGCCGUACUUGCUUGGUGACAAAUAUGACGAAAUCGGAAAAUCAAAACCCAUUAGGGACUUGAAGUUUUCACAAAUGUAUCCAAGUGGAGUAAAAACCAAAAGUGGAGUACUAGACCAUUAUUUCGAUAAAAAAUUCAAAAGGUUGUAUGAAAAUGAAAAAUGGAAAUCGCCGUAUCAAGGGCUUUAUACAAGAUCGCAUCGUGUUGAAAACUCCGAUAUCAAACCUUUUGUACCUUGGCCCGGUUCGAAACACCAUUCCACUCCUGGCGAUUACUACGGAACAUUUGGUCCUAAACGCCCAGCAAUGUCAAAUCGUCGCAAAGCAUCACCGACGAAAAAACCAGAGCUUCCCAAUAUAAAAACUAGACCGACCAACACAAGAGGCCCCGGAUAUGCAGAUAUUGGUUUAUCUAAAUUUCCUUUACACAUAGUCAGUCCAUAUGAUGUCCCAAAGAAACCAAAGAGGCAGAUUGAAAUACCGUAUAAAUCAUGUUCUGGACCCAAUACCUACUUUCAAAAAAAUCCUUACUUUACAAAAGACUUUCAACCAACGUAUCGAAAGAUUCCAAAACCAAAAACUGUGGAAAUACCAUUUAAAGGUCCCAAUAAAAAAGCUAACGUAGGAAAUGGUUUUGACAAGUGGCCUAAACAUAUAGUUGACCCUUACAUUGAUCCGUACAAAACUUCCCAAACAUUAAAACUAAAAUCAAAAAACAAAAGAAGCCAAAAAUCAGCCACAAACGAAACCCCAUUCUAUCCAACAAACGUAAAAAAAACAUUUUAUACAAUUUCAACGAUGAAGAGAAAAAUAGAAAUUUCGAUGAACAACACAAAUUGGGAGAGAUAUGGAAUUACUAAACUGUAA